AUGCAUCAAUCGUUACUUACAGAAUUCUCAUGGCUGCCGAUCUGCACCUGUUUCUGGUCGUCCUGGUGUGCUUUCAAGUCAGCAUCACCGAAUGAUUUCGCGCAUCGAACUCUACGUAGACCGUCAACCAAAUUCGCUUCAAAACUGGCCUUUCUGUCUCAAGAGCAACAAUUUGGCGGUCCAUCCGGUCAUACCAGAACAUCAGCAAAAAUGCUAUGCAAACCCCUCUACCAACUUGUGCUGCAGUCAAGCCUUUUGCCAUUUUUGAAAGGUAGAAGACGGGCGGCACACGUGCUGCAGCAAGACAACGCUGCAGUUCAUGUGUCUAGAUCAAUCAAAGAUUGGCUCCAGCGACAUCACAUUCAAGUUAUAGACUGGCUAGCGUCCUCUCCACGCUGUAACCCUAUGGAGAACAUCUGGGGGAUAGUUGUUCGAUAUGUCUACUCGAUCAACAGGCCGUUCAGUACCGUUGAAGGGCUGAACGCAACGAUAUCAAAUGCAUGGGAGAGCAUCGACGAUAACAUGACCCAAAACCUUCUCACCAGUAUGCAUCAUAGGCUGCUUGAUGUGAUGAGAGAAAAUGGUGGCACAAUUGACUACUGA